AUGGUGAAGAGCCAGAAGCUUUUCCUCUACGGCCCGGGGGCGGGCGCGAUCCCACCUCGUGGACGUGAACCCGCGUUCGCCGCGGGCUCUGGCUCCUCUGCGCGGAGCUGGCACCCGCCUGGGGCCGCAGUGCCGAGUGGAGGACGCGUGGAGAGCCCGGAGCGGAGCCGCCAGAGGGACUCAGUGGUCUUUGAGGAUGUGGCUGUGGACUUCACCUUGGAGGAGUGGUCUUUGCUGGAUUCUGUGAAGAACCUCUACAGAGAUGUGAUGCUGGUCUCAGUGGGAGCAGGAAGAAAGGCUUUCACCCUCUGCCAGCCCAGCCAGUGAGCAGCCACAACGCGUCCAACUGCCAGUUUCCUACAAUGCACCCUUGGUUCACAGCAACCCUCCCAACCUUCACAUUCCACUAGAAGACUGUUUGUCUCCUUUGUUCUCUGGACUUGUGUGGUUCUGCCAUUGCUUGUUCCAGACUGUAAUUAUCUACUGUCUGUAAAUAAACCAAUUUACCAAA